AAUCAUCCGUCAGGCCACCCGUGGAUCAUCACCAACUCAGUCUUUCCCCGCAAAGCAAACCACGUCCAUUGACCAAUGCAAGGCAUCAUGAAGUAUCCAUGAUCUCACCACCGAAGCUCACAUCCAAUCAACUCCAUAUGCAGAAUAUCGCUCAACCAUCUGAUUGCGCGCCGUCAAACAAUUUAUCUGGAUCAUCUCCAGACGCAGUGACCAUUGCAUGUCUGUCAUCCGUCAUCUUUUGCGGGGUUGAAAGACAGGGUAUAAAAGGGAUUCCUACGGUCGCGUGUCUCUCGAUCAGCCAGAGAACAAUCAAUUCCUUCUGCUACAUCCACCAACCAACACAAUGACCAAGGACCUUAGCUUCGACGUCUACUUCUCCAACGAACAAGCCCAUGCCCGCUUCGGGGACGGCAAAACCCUUGCAGAACAUCUUCGUGAAAUCUACGAAGGCGAAGACCUCGUCUUCCCUGAUACCUUUGAACACAGCGACACCUCUCCCCCGGUGCAGUACUUGACUGUUGAAGCACCCGACGAUAUGACUGUCGAGGAACUCUACGAGGUAGAGGUUCCUCCUGGAUUGAUGGUGAGGAUUGAGGAGUUGCCGCAGUAG